GCAGCAGGAAAACAAGCGAACCUAGGGGAGCGGAGCUGUGUUUACCGCUCACUGGGAUAGACGCAGCAGAAGACGCUCGUUUCCAGUCAUCCAGGGCGGAGAAAUCUCGGUGGAUGCACGGAGAAGGAGGAGGAGUGAGCGUAGAUGCUGACAAAACCCGAGAAAGGGAGACAUAUUUCGUGAUUGUUAUUAGACUUAAUCUUUCAAUUGGAAUACGCGUUUGCAUUCUCCAGCGAUGGACUUCAGCUGUCGGCACUGAGGCUCCCAGUUAUUUUGUUCUUCUUGUGACCUAAGCCGUCAUGGCGCUUCUUCACGAAUCUCGUGCUCCCUCUCCUUCUCUCUCCGGCUUCAACACACCCCUCUCUGAUCCUCCAUCCUAUUGUCGCUUCGAUGCCGAAACACCCUGCACCCCAGAAAUGGACCUUACCCCGACCCAGUGUGUCAUUCGUAACGUCCUAUCUAUGGACACCGGAAGAGCCGUAGAGCCCGAGGGUGGAGGGGGAGAGGGCCAGAGCACGGGCCACAACCAGACACCAGGCGAGGAACAACAGGAGCACUUUGCCAACAGCGUGCUGAAGCUCCACGAGCAUGACAGGAGUCCAGGAAGGACGGAGGGAGAGGGCCAGGAGAUGGAGGGCAGUGCGGUCAGGAACCAGGCCGGUGUUGCCAGGCUACAGUGCCAGUCUACCGGAGGGUUUCUAGAAGGGUUGUUUGGGUGUCUGCGGCCUGUCUGGACUAUGAUCGGCAAAGCAUACUCCACAGAGCACAAACACGGCCUGGAUGAGGCAUGGGAGAUCCCAUUCGAGGAGAUUUCUGACCUGCAGUGGGUUGGCAGUGGAGCCCAGGGUGCCGUCUUUCUGGGAAAACUGUACGGACAGGAAGUGGCUGUAAAGAAAGUGCGGAACAUCAAAGAGACCGACAUCAAGAACCUGCGCAAGCUCAAACAUCCCAACAUUAUCACUUUCAAAGGUAUUUGUACCCAGGCUCCAUGUUACUGCAUCAUCAUGGAGUACUGUGCCCAGGGCCAGUUGUACGAGGUGCUGAGAGCAGGCAGGAAGAUCCAUCCCUCCCUGCUCAUGGACUGGGCCAUGGGCAUCGCUGGGGGCAUGAACUAUCUUCACCUCCACAAGAUCAUCCACAGAGACCUCAAGUCACCAAACAUGCUGAUCACUUAUGAUGACUCUGUGAAGAUCUCUGAUUUCGGCACGUCCAAGGAGCUCAGUGACAAGAGCACCAAGAUGUCCUUUGCCGGUACGGUGGCCUGGAUGGCUCCUGAGGUCAUACGCAACGAACCCGUCUCAGAGAAAGUGGAUAUUUGGUCAUUUGGCGUGGUGCUGUGGGAGAUGCUGACAGGAGAGGUGCCCUAUAAGGACGUGGACUCCUCCGCUAUCAUCUGGGGAGUGGGCAACAACAGUCUCCAUCUGCCUGUACCGGAUAGCUGUCCAGAAAGCUUCAAACUGCUCCUCAGGCAAUGCUGGAACUGCAAGCCAAGAAACAGGCCCUCCUUCCGACAGAUUCUCCUGCAUCUGGACAUUGCUUCCGCAGAUAUCUUAUCGACUCCCCAAGAAACCUACUUCCAAACUCAGGUGGCGUGGAGAGACGAGGUGAGGCACCACUUUGAGCAGAUCAAGUCUGAGGGGACGUGUAUUCACAGGCUGGACGAGGAGCUGAUCAAACGACGCAGAGAAGAACUCAGACAUGCCCUGGACAUCCGGGAGCACUACGAGAGGAAAUUGGAGAGAGCCAACAAUCUCUACAUGGAGCUCAACGCCAUCAUGCUGCAGCUGGAGAUCAAAGAGAAAGAACUGCACAAGAGGGAGCAGUCACUAGACAAGAAGUACCCGGGCUGCUUCAAGCACCAGAGCUCCAGACAGUCGGCCUCCUCCAACUCCAUGGAGAAGCUCAUGAAGAAACGCAACGUACCGCAGAAGCUGCCCUCACACAGCAAGAGGCCUGACCUAUUAAAGUCAGAGGUCAUCCUCCCCAAACUGGACUCUUCCAUGACGCAGGUUACGAUCCCCAACAAGGGCUCCACCUCGCCCGGUCGCUCACGGCGAGGAAAGCCCCGCUACAGGAAGGCCGGGAAAGGCAGCAGCGGGGACUUGGCUCAGCUGAAAGCCACUCUCUCCUCUUCAUUAGCUAUGGUCAACUGCACCUCAUCUGUGCCCAGCAGCAAGCAGCACUUAGACCCCAGUGCAGCUCUCAGGGGGCUGCAGCAUGACCUGCUGCUCAAGAAGAUGUACUCCUCAAGCCCGGACCUCAUUUCAACCACGAUGGAGGCUGAGGACCGGAGGAAGGGCCAGGUCCGGACGGGGCUGGACAGAGUGGGCAGCCAGAGCGCCUCAGCCGGGCUGGGGGAGAGCAGAAGGACUGAAGGGACUGAGGAGGGGCCGGAUGUGGGUCUAGGGACUGAUGACCUGGCAGGAACCCCUCCACGCAGUGACACGCCCAGCGAGGAUGCAGCUUCCAUCCCUUUCUCCAGUAGCCCCGAGUCACCAUGUGGCAGGGGGGCCGCGGCGGGGAGGGCGUCCGUGCUCGGGAACCCCCGGGUUUCGCACGAGGGUGAAGAAAAGGAAGAAGGGACAGUGAUCAUACGUUCACCCAGAAGUCAACGCCUCACUCCUGCGGCACUGCUUUACAGGGCAGCCGUCACACGCAGUCAGAGACGUGGAGUGUCAUCAGAGGAAGAGGAAGGAGAAGUGGACAGUGAAGUGGAGUUGCCAAGGAGACGGCGUCCCCUGAGCAUGACCAAGUGCCAGUCCCUGUCCACCUUCAGCUCAGAGAACUUGUCGGUGUCGGACGGUGAGGAGGGGAACACCACGGACCACUCCCACAGCGGCACACCGGACGUGGUCAGCACCAACACCGACGAGCGUCUGGACGACAAGAGCGAUGACCUGCUCUCCCAGGGCUCAGAGAUCCCCGCCGACCCGUCCGACCCGACCCAGCUGGGCUCCGACGGAAUGUCUGAGAAAGAAGCUAUUCUUCGCCAAGUCAAGACCCAGCUCGCUAGUAAUGAUCAUAAUUUUGAGGCCCUGUAUGAUGACUCGGACUGUGACAGUGCAGAGCUGGAUCAUUCAGGCAGCGCUGACCCAGCCCCAGCCCCAGCCCCAGCCCCAGCCCCACCCCCACCUCCACCCCCACCCCCACCUCCAGCCAACUAG